UUAAUUAAACACAUCCAAAUUUUUGCAGAAAAAGCAGAAUAAAAAUAAGUACUUUUCAUGCUACAAUGAAUAUCAAUAGGCACAAAAUGUUUCGUUUGGCAGUUUUGUGUUUUUCCCUAUUUGCGUGGACUAUAUGUGAAAUAGUUGUUAUACAAAAACAAAAGGAUGAAAUAUAUAGUGGCCACGUGCUGUUUGAGGUAUCUAUGCCUAUGUGGUCAUUGUGCGCCCAGUUUUGCUCGAGGGUCGAGGUAUGCAAAUCUAUAAACUUUAUAGCAUGGAAUAAAACUUGUCAGAUAAAUGAUGCUGAACCCGGGGAAAGUAAAUGUGGACUCAUUGAAAGUGCAGGGAACAGCUUUAUUGCUGCCUCAAACUUUCCACAGAAACUAGCUGGUCAAUGCGAAGGGAAUGCUUGUAAGCGCAAUGAGGCCUGUAUGCCACGGGGACCGGAUUACUUUUGCGUUCCAUUACCUAUUAAGUUAUAUGAAUGUAGCACACCUUUACACUUCCGUCCACGGGAUUGCAGUGACCUUCCAAUAGGAAGUAAAUCAGGGGUAUAUACAAUAUGUCCAUCAGAUAAGAAGUUUGAUGUUUACUGUGACAUGGAUACAGCAGGAUUUGGUUGGACUGUUUUCCAAAGCAGAAUGGACGGCACUGUUGAUUUUUACAGAGGAUGGUGCGAUUAUGAGACUGGAUUUGGAAAUUUAAAAUCAGAGUUUUGGUUGGGAAAUGAUUUCAUAAAUGUUCUAACCUCUUCUGGAAACUACAAGCUUUACAUACACCUUGAAGAUUUUGACGGGAAUUCUAGUUAUGCAGUGUAUUCCAAAUUCAGUGUCGGAGAUGCCAACACAAAGUAUACUUUAAAUAUAGGUGGAUAUAGCGGUGAUGCAGGAGAUAGCCUUAUGUACCACAACGGCAGGAUGUUUUCUACUAAAGACCAGGAUAAUGACAUAUGGUCAGCCAACUGCGCAUUAAACAGAGGAGCAUGGUGGUACAAGAAUUGUCAUAAUUCUAAUUUGAAUGGGAGAUAUUCAGAACAAUGGUCUUACACAAAUAUGAUCUGGAGAGGAUAUAGAUAUUCACUGAAAUCUACUAAAAUGAUGAUUAAACGAAACAAAGAACUAGUUUAAGAAAGACGCACAUUAUUUUUUGAAAUGUUUCGGACAUACGAAGAACUUAUAAAAAUCCGUCUGCCUUAACAAAAUGACAACUAUUGGAGUAAAGCGUGGAGGAACUCGUUACAAUAUAAUUUUUAAUUCACGUUACAUGCUUAUUUUUUGGUUUGAUCUUUACUCAGAAGAUAGUUUGAUCGACAUUAUGACCAACUCAUUUCUUAUUGUGGUCCGACAGGAAGCUGUGAAAAUGUAAAUGUUUUAAAGAGUCUAUAACUAUGACAUUCUAGCAGACAGUGUUUGCUGCUCACAACUUGUUCACACAAACUUAGUCUAGAAAGACAAAAAAAAAUCUGGAAAAGGUGUUCAUUGAAGUAACUGCACUUCAACGCGAUUCUUGCAUAUAGUAUGUGGCCUUUUCUACAACCAGUCUUGAAAUAUGAAGGGACAUUUUAAAUAUUAUAAUUUGAAAAUUUCCAAUGUGAUGUUUUAUGAAUUUCAUCUCUUACAUCCUGUUGAAGUCUUUUCCAUUAACCAUGUUAACGUAAAAUAAACUUAUCAUAUAUGUAGGACACAAAUCUCUGGUGGGUUUCAAAUCUAUGGAAGAUUCCAAAUCUAUGGCAAAUGUGACGUCAUGCCAUACCAAAUCUAUGGCAGAUGAUAUACAAUCCUAAUCUGUGGCAAGUUUUGCAAGUCCCUAUUCUAUGGUGGAUUUUUGCUAAUUUUGGCAAAUUUUGUGCAAAUGAAAAACAAUGCAUGACUUGUCUUAAACAAGUUGAAAUGUACGAAAACAGGAUCAUAACUAUAAACAUUUGUGAAAGAAGGUUCAUUCUGGCUAUUCCUACAUUUUGAAUUUUAUAGGUAAAAUAGUAAAAUUUUAUGUAGCAGUUCCAUGAUGGUCAAACAAAUCGUGAUGGCAACUAUACAAUUUCGUAAAUGGUGAAUUUAUAUACCUUAUUGAUUGAAAUAAUGUGUCCCUUAAAUAAUAUACAUUUUAUAAUCUGUGCAUGGUACCUAUUAUUCCAUUUAUUAAACAAACAAGAACGCAUUUUUUUUUAAAUAAUAAAAUGAUAAAUUAAGUUCAUAUUUUCAAAUAAAAUUUAUUUCAUAAUUAAAACAUUUUUUUUAUUUGAUGACGAUUAAAAUCAAAUUUGUAUCCGGUAAUGUUAUCUUUCACUUUAUAAUAUUUGUCUGCAGUUGACAGUUAAAUAUUUUAUAUAACCCUUUUUCUCAAAUAUCAGGUACUGAGAACAGCUGUGCACUUAUUCAUCGAGGGCUUCGGCCAGUACACCACAUUUUGUCCCUCUUUCGGAUUAUAGCUAGGUCGCGUCUAACUUUAAACCAUCCGCAAACUGUUGCCGAGGGAAAUACCUUCAUCUGGAAUGGUGUUAACAUGUAUGGGUUUCGCCAUUGUUAGCGGCGGCGACGAUGUUAUAAGAAGAAAAGGAGAUGCUUUAUUUCCAUAAAAUGGGCUCACACGGAGCAUAAUAUAAUAUCAUUUUAAUAUUAUUAUUUUACAAAUAUUAUAAACAAUAACCAGGCUCAAGCUAUCAGCCACUCGCUAGCAGCCACUACGCUAGCAGCCACUACGCUAGCAGCCAGUUUUCGGGUAUGUAUAUGAACCCAGAAGUUGCAUAAGAUUCAACCGUACUCAAAAUGUUUUUAUUGGUAUAUAACCAAUAUAUUAUCAGUGUUUAAGAGGCAAUGCCAGAGAAAACCAGGCAGAACUUGGAAAUUUUGUUCAACAGCCUUUUUGAGAUAAAUGUGUUUUUGUAAUGUACCCACCUUGUUUUGUUGGGAAAUGACAUUUUUAAAAGUCA